AUGGCUACUACCUCCCGAAUCUGGCUUAUCACUGGCACCUCAUCCGGACUUGGCCAAGAGUUGGCUAAAGUGGCCGCCCAGGGCGGGGAUCGCGUGUUAGCUGCCACACGUAGUCCGCAUAAAUUAGCCAAGCUCGAGUCAACCAACCCUAACAUCAAGGCUGUCUACCUAGACCACAACGAGCCCCCAGCCCAGAUCCAGGCAGCGGUCCAGACUAUCCUAGCUGUCUAUGGCACGGUCGACAUUAUCGUCAACAAUGCCGCCUACGUGCAGACAGGCAUGCUUGAAGAGGCCACCCCAGAAGAGACUCAGCGUCAGUUCCAAGCCAAUACCUUUGGCCCUCUUAACCUUUACCGCGCCCUGCUGCCACACCUACGCGCUAAGGGGUCGGGAACUUUGGUCACUAUCGGCUCCAUGGCCGCCUGGUACCCUAUGGCUGGCUGCAAUUUCUAUAACGCCUCUAAGGCCGCUCUGCGCUGGCUCGGACUUGGGCUGGCGGGUGAAAUCUCCCAGUUCGGUAUCCGCCACUGUUUAGUCGAACCGGGCUUCUUCCGCACCGAGUUACUGAAUUCGACAGCCAAUAUUACUAUGACCGCAAAGUCAUCGCGUCUAUUGGCCUACCAGGAGGUAAACGACACCACCGACUCCAACUUCGCCGCUUUUAACGGUGCCCAGUUGGGUGACCCUGUAAAGGGCGCCCAAGUCAUCUACGACGUCGCCACCACGGGAGUCGCCGAGGGUAAACCUCUACCUGUUUUCCUACCCUUGGGGAGUGAUUCCAGCGAAGAGAUUGGCAAGGCCGCAUCUGAGACCUUGGCAGCGAUUGAGGAAUGGCGGGAGAUUAGUUCUUUGACGGACUUUCCCAAAGGUUCGUAA